UCCCCCCCCCCCCAGCCCCCGGCACCGCACGGGCCCGCUCCCCCGGGGGUAGCCGGAUUCUCUCCCCCCCAGCUCCCGGGCGCACGGACCGAGUCCUGGGGCCGAUGGAGAAGGGGAAGCUGGGGGCGCUGCUGGAGCAGCCGCCGCGGUCGGUGAGCUGCAAUGGGUACGCGCUGGAGGAGAAGCCGCAGCAGCAGCCGCCGCCGCCGCCUCCGGCCGCUCCGAGCCGGGCCCUGGAGCGGCCCCGCUACUCGCAGGGCACCAGCGCGCGGUGCCUGGACAGCUGGAGGGAGGAGAGGACCCGCAGCGAGGAGGAUAACGAGAUGAACCUGCCCAGCCUGGCCGCCGCCUACACCACCAUCCUGCGCUCGCUGGGCGAGGACCCCGAGCGGCAGGGGCUGCUCAGGACCCCCUGGAGGGCAGCCACCGCCAUGCAGUUCUUCACCAAGGGCUACCAGGAAACCAUCUCAGAUGUCCUGAAUGAUGCCAUAUUUGAUGAAGAUCAUGAUGAGAUGGUAAUUGUGAAGGACAUAGACAUGUUCUCAUUGUGUGAACAUCACCUGGUUCCGUUCGUUGGAAAGGUACAUAUAGGUUAUCUUCCUAACAAACAAGUUCUUGGUCUCAGCAAGCUUGCUAGGAUUGUGGAGAUAUACAGUAGAAGACUACAGGUUCAGGAGCGCCUUACAAAACAAAUUGCAGUAGCCAUCACAGAAGCCUUGCAGCCUACUGGAGUUGGAGUGGUUAUUGAAGCGACACACAUGUGCAUGGUAAUGCGCGGGGUGCAGAAGAUGAACAGUAAAACGGUCACUAGCACAAUGUUGGGUGUAUUCCGGGAGGAUGCAAAGACUCGGGAAGAGUUCUUAACCCUCAUCCGAAGCUGAAGCGGUGCCACUCGCCGAAUGCUCUCUGCAGAUCGCACUGUCCGUGCCGCUAUCUGUUAACUCUUUGUGCAGCUCGUUUUUAACUAAGUCGUGCGUUCUAAUAUGUGCAGUGAAAUAAUUUUGACGGUAAGUCAAAAAUGUAACCGUGAGGUAGGCCCUAUGGAUUUCUAUGCUGUCUCUUGUGUCACAGGAUAACCCAGCUACCGAUAGUUUUUAAUUAUACUUACUCCAUCUACACUAAAUUUUAUUGCCAGUAGAACUUUAUUUGGCAGGUUAUGUACAACACAGCAUAGGAAAUAUUGAAAGGCUACAGAUCUUUGCAAGGUAAUCUACGUGCCACAUAUACUGCCUCAUAUUCCUAACAGGAAGCUCUUGAAUGAUCUCCACUGACAUGUCAGGAUUCGUACUGUACCAUUAAUUGCAAGUCUUCUGAUAUGUCGGUUUCAGUCUUUGAAUAUGCAUGUCGUACCUUUUCAUGUGACAGUCUGGUGACACUUAUAUUUUGUUAGCAUUCACCUUCUCUCCUUUGUGGCUUUAGUCUGUUACAAAGGCAUAUUGUUAUCGUGCUAGUCUCAACGGGCAGGGAAUUAAUUUCAACAAUUCGGGGAGGCAAUCUUAUCUCAGUCUGCAGGGGUUUAUGCACCUUCCUCUCUGUGCCUCAAAAUGAGAAUAUUAUGCCACUGUAACUGUAGCAGUCAUUUUAUAUAAAUUACUGUUUUGGGUUUUCAAAGAGCUAACGAAUGCAAACAGAAUUUUAACCAUUUUAUAUCAUUUUGAGGUUGUUUCCUGGAUUUUCCAGGUGUUAACUGGGCUAGAUGAGUAAAUUACACACACACACACACACACACACACACAAUUUGAGUAAAGAUUUCCUUUAGGAAAACUACACAUGGGGAAAAUUAAUCCAGAAUAAAAUAGGUUGUGAAUUUAAAAGUGAAUUAAAUAUUCCUGAUUAACUCUACAUAUGGACACUCUAAUAAGAGUGUCCACACAUGGAGUUAAUCAGGACUAGACAAGCUCUUCCAAUGUUUUAAACUUGUAAUCUUAUCCAACUCAGUGGAUCAAAGCCUGUGAACUGAAGUGACUCCUGAACUCUGCACACCAGACACAUCUUUUCUGAUGGAACAUAAUUCCAUGUCAGUGUAGCCCUGUAAAUACACUGGUAUGAACUGUUCAGUUGUUCCUUUUUCAUGAGGGCAACUGAGCAAAGUACUUCCCAGGAGACCAAAGUGAGUUAAACAUAUUUUCUGAAACCUCGGCAUGUGAAGCAGGCAGUAAAGAGGAAUUGAUUUAAUGUAUUAAAUUAUUAGGAAAAUGUAAUGAGUGUUUUGUAACUCUUAAUUGGGACAAUAUGGUGCAAAUCAAAAUCACCCAUUUGCUUCUAAAACCAAAGGCAAUACAUACACAAUCCUGUGCAGGCUUUCGAAGAGCCAGAGUCCAAAUUCAUAUAGCACGCAGUGUCUCUGGGUGUGAAUGUAAAAUCUACUACAGGCUAAACUAAAAGGUGAGCUUUGAGCUUGAGUCAGCAAAUUAUUGCUCGUUUAUGCACAGGUCAUUAAUGCCCCUUUUCAUCCCGUGACGAAAGGAAACAAAGUAUUUUAUCAUCAGGCCCGUAGCUCUGCAACAGGGUGAAUGUGAUAAUCAUACGCUGCCCUUCCCUAACUGUCACACUUCAAUUGCCAUCUGCCAGCAAUCUCCAGAAAUACCUGGAUAAAGUUAAUGUCUUGACUCACUCAUGCUAAGACAUUGAAAGCAUUAAUAAGAAAACUGUACAAUAUUCUGAAAACACUAACCUCACUACUCCAGUGCUGAGCACUCUAGAAAGCCUUUCUAUUACAGCAGGCCGACUAUUCUGAAUCAAUCAGUAUUGCACAGAAUAAAUCCAGAGUUGCUCAUUGGAUCCCACCCACCCCCAGUGAUAUUGCCUCAGAUCUACAGCAGUGGUUCUGGAAGCAGCAUUGGGUCCUUGACUUCAAUAUAUUUUUUAAAUAUGCUAAUUAAAAAGCCUUAAAUCACUCUAGUCUGGAAUGCAGAGUAAGAUUUGUUCUCUCUCCUAGUGCAGCAGCUCUAGAAAUAACUUGAGGACCAAAGAGUUUUAGACACAGCUACAUUUUCCCGUGAUCACGUGCUUGCUUUGAAACUGUCAAGUCUCUAAAGCACAGUCUGAGGCCAGGUCUACGCUACAAAGUUGUCAAUACGGCCAUGUUGGUCAGAGGAGUGAGAAAGAAAAAAAAAACGCACCCCCUCGCCGAUGCAGCUAUGCUGGCAAAACCCCCAGUGUAGACACAGCUAUACGGACAAAUGUCGGAUGGCCUUCAAAUUAUUGGGGUGCCACAGCAGAGUGGUUCUGUCAGCGGAGCUGAUGUCCUUCAGGGAGGGGUAUUCCUAAACAGCCAGGAAAACGCUCUGUCCGUAUAUACUGUGUCUACACUAAGGGGCUAGGCGAGUAUAGCUGUAGUGGGAGAGUCUGCGCAGGGCAGACUAGCCCUUCCUCUUCUAGAGGUAACAGAAGGGGUUGUGUUUUUAACCACUUAUCUCUCUUCAGGAUAAAGUCCACGUUACACCACCACCACGCUUCAUUAUCUACGUCAUCAUGAUCUGUAGUCCUUGAAACAUACCUCUAUGUACAUGUGGCCUUGGAUUUUGUUCAGAUUUUUGUAGGCUGUGGUGCAUUUUGGAACACUUUGACUCCAAUGAGCUUUAACUACAUCCAGUGGAUAUAUGUACACUACACAGUCUGCUGUUGUACCCCAUAAAAGUCUAUUGAGUUUAAAACA